AUGAACAUAAGUAAACAUGCGUUCUCUCCCCUGGAAAACUCUCCAGUCUGUUCGGCUUUCAGCAAAAUGGCGUUUCUACCCGCAACAUGGGAUAUGUACGAUCUUAUACAGGGUUUCUUACAAGCCCCAGCAUAUCACCUGGUGUUUGAAGCACUGCUGAUCCUACUAAUUGCAAAGCUUUUCUUCUCAAAAAGCUAUAAACCGGAAAAAAUUGAACUUACUGAAAAGGAGAAAGAAGAACUAGUGGCUGACUGGAAUCCAGAACCUCUUGUACCCGAUGUUCCAGAUGACCAUCCUGUUCUGCAGGCUAUGGAGAAAUACUGCAUCAGUGGAGGUGCUGGAAAAACAGUGAAUAUUAAUGGAAAAGAUUGCAUCAAUAUGGCAACACUUAAUUUCCUUGGCUUCAUUGGCAACAAAGAAAUAGAGGAGGAUGCAGUCAAAGCUCUGAUGAAGUAUGGUGUGGGAUCUUGUGGCCCUCGGGGCUUUUAUGGUACUAUGGAUGUCCAUUUGGAACUGGAGGACUUGCUUGCUAAAUUCAUGAACACCGAAGAAGCCAUUUUGUAUUCCUAUGGCUUUGUCGCCAUUGCCAGUGCUAUCCCAGCAUACUCCAAGCGAGGAGAUGUCAUCUUUGCCGAUGAAGGGAUCGGCUUUGCUGCACAGAAAGGUUGCAUAGCUUCACGCAGCACCAUCAAGUGGUUCAGACACAAUGACAUGGAGCAUCUGGAAGCCCUGUUGAAAGCGCAGGAAGAGGAAGAUCGCAGGAAUCCAAAGAAGGCAAAAGUGACUCGCAAAUUCUUGGUUGUGGAAGGUAUAUAUGCAAACUAUGGGGACAUUUGUCCUUUGCCUAGACUGGUGGAACUGAAAUGGAAAUACAAGUUGCGAAUUUUUCUGGAGGAAAGCCUGUCAUUUGGUGUGUUAGGAGCCAACGGCCGUGGUGUGACUGAGCACUUUGAGAUUCCCAUUGAUAACAUUGAGCUCAUUGCUGCAUCCCUGGAAAACUCGAUGGCCUCAAUAGGGGGUUUUUGCUGUGGCAAGAAGUUCAUCAUUGACCAUCAGAGACUUUCGGGUUCUGGAUAUUGCUUCUCGGCAUCCCAGCCUCCUAUGGUUGCAGUUGCAGCCACCACAGCUCUUAAACUAAUGGAAAAAAACCCUCAUCUGCUUCUUACACUGAGAGAAAAUUGUCAGCGUGUGCAUGAAGCUGUAAAGCAAAUUGAUGGUGUGGAGGUGAGAGGAGACCCUAUUUCACCCAUCCAGCACCUGCAGUUGACUGAACCAGCUGCUGACCGUGAUCUUGAUUUGCGCAUGCUGCAAAUGGUGCAGGACAUGUCCAUCAGUCAAGGUGUAGCUAUCACAGUGGCACGCUAUCUAGAAAAUGAAGAGCACCUCUUACCCCAGCCCAGCAUUCGCCUUUCUGUGAGUGCUCACCUGACAGCUGAAGACAUAGACAAGUCACUGGCUAUCAUCAAGUCUGCUUUCAGAGCUGUUCUCAACAACACAACCAGCAGAGGUGAACUUCAUCAAGGAGGGACAUUCACAGCUAACUUUCCCAGGUCUUCAUUUUCAUCUACUCUUCGAUCAUUUUCUGUCAUGCUUGUUGUGAAAAUGUGAAUCCAAAUAAGAAAGAAAGGUUCUGGAAAGUUUUCUUUAAAAAAUGGAAUCAUUGUACAAUCAGGAACAAAUAUUAAUACAUAACAUGGGCAGUCAGUUUCAUUAUUUGUAUCUUCAGACUGACUUGCCUUGUCUCUGUCUUUUACAUAACUCUCUUGCUUAAUUAUUUUAGCCAUACCUGUCCAUCAUAAAAUUGUGGGAAGUAGAAAGAGAGGACAUUAAACCUGAUGAUCCACUGAAGUUCACCUCAUCGAUGUUAUGCAUGUGAGUUUCUGUGCAUGUAUGUACUGUAACAGUAGCAGGCAACCUCAAAUAAUCAUCAUUUUAAUAAUAAUGAGAAUAAUAAUAUGUGUUUACUUGUGUUAAAGAUCAUGCCUAUUUAAAAGGAAACUACGUAUUUGCUUUUAUAUUCUUGGCAAUUUUCGGUAACAUUUGUUGAUUUAUAUUUAUCAGAAAAAAUUUGUGGUGUUUUUCAUUUGUCUUUUGCUUGUUCUCAAAGAAUGCAGUCCUAUAUGUCAAUAUAUUGUACUUUAUUAAAAAGAGUUAUUUAUUGGUAAUUUAAGAAACAUUUUGUUAUAGCAUCUUUCUACCCAGACAACAAAAUGACAGUGGUUUUUGUGUAUUAUGAUGCAUUUCCUUUGGAAGUUUUCUUUCAAGACAAGUGUUGAUGUGCACAAAGUGAGGAGAUAUGUACUUCUCCUAUAACCAGGUCAUUUGGUUCAGACUGUAGCUAAAGAGACGGUUCUGUAAGAAAAAUGUUUCUGUAGUUUGUUUUUUAUAAGAAGGGGACCGAGUGUAAAGAGGGAGAGAAAUUGCAUGGACACCAAGCAAAAGCUUAUAAUCAUGUAUGUCUUCCAACAGAGAGCAGAAUGAAUCUUUUUCUCCACAAG